GAUACGCUAUCCUCUUCUGUUCUUAAAGAUACAUCAAAAGAUUUUCUUCAAUUACACACACUGCCGCUCUCUACUUCUUCUUCUUCUUCUUCUUCUCGAGCCAAAAAUUCUUUCUUAACUCUUUACUUUCUUUGAAGAGAGAAUCUUAAGGUGAGACAUAUAAAAGGACAGUGAGAGUGUAUAGUAACACAAAACAGAACAACAAAAAAGAAAUGCAGAGUUUCAAGGCAGUUCCAGCUAACCCACAAAUGUACUACCACUCCAACUUCUUUCUUCGGGGAGAUGGAAGUGGGAGAGACCAGACACGUUUUUCGGAUCUUGGAGAGCUUGAACAAUCCGCUGCUGCUUUUCAUCACGAUGAUGCUGUUGAUUUAAGCCCAAACUCAAUCUUCAAUAUAAAACCGGUUAGUGUUGCUGUUGUUCCUAAUAGCCUACACUAUGGGACCUUGAACACGAGCAUUGGGUGUGUGGACACUGGGCAGCAAUUCGGUAUUGGUGCUGCUUUGGGAAACGGACAGCAUAUUGAGAACUGGGGUGACUCUGCCAUGGCUGCAGACACCAGCCAACAAACUGAAACUUCCACAGAUGUUGACACCGAUGAUAAAAACCAAUUUCAUGGAGUUCAGAAUGGAGCACUUGUGGCUGUAGAUUCCAUGGAACAAUCUAAGGGAAAAUCUGGUGACCAAAAGAUACUCAGAAGGCUGGCUCAGAAUAGGGAAGCUGCAAGGAAGAGCCGUUUGAGGAAGAAAGCAUAUGUCCAGCAGCUGGAGAAUAGUCGACAAAGGCUAACACAACUAGAGCAAGAGCUCCAACGAGCACGCCAGCAGGGUUUCUUUAUUGCACCUGGUAUUUCUGGGGAUCAUAGUCAUCCAAUGGCUGGAAAUGCUGCCCUAGUAUUUGAUAUGGACUAUGCACGCUGGCUUGAUGAACAUCAAAAGCUGAUCAAUGAUCUAAGAUCAGCUGUGAAUUCUCAUAUGGGUGAUAAUGACUUGCACCUUCUUGUUGAUGGCGUAAUGGCGCAUUAUGAUGAAAUUUUCAGGCUGAAAAGCAUUGGUGCAAGGUCUGAUGUAUUUCACAUGCUUUCUGGCAUGUGGAAGACACCUGCCGAGAGGUGUUUCAUGUGGUUGGGAGGAUUCCGUUCAUCUGAACUUCUCAAGAUACUGGGGAACCACCUCGAACCUUUGACAGAUUCACAGCUGAUGGGCAUAUGUAAUUUGCAGCAAUCUUCCCAGCAGGCUGAAGAUGCCUUAUCACAAGGGAUGGAGGCUUUGCAACAAUCCCUUGUGGAGACACUUUCUUCAACCUCUUUGGGCCCUAAUGGUUCUGGCGAUGUUGCUGACUACAUGGGACAAAUGGCAAUUGCAAUGGGCAAGCUUGCGACGCUAGAAAAUUUCCUUCACCAAGCUGACCUUUUGAGGCAGCAAACACUGCAACAAAUGCAUCGAAUUUUGACCACUCGUCAAGCUGCUCGUGCUCUUCUGGUUAUCAGCGAUUACAUCUCACGUCUUCGGGCUCUAAGUUCAUUAUGGUUAGCACGCCCUAGGGACUGAUAUUUUACUUCAACAAAUUCCUGGCUUAGGACUACAGUAAUGCUUUUUACAUAAUUGAUUGGCUAUCUACCCUCUACUAGGAACUCUAUAGAAGCUAUGGGACCAUCAAGAUGGAGAACAAUUAUGCGGAAUGGUCCUAGAGAGUCUAUUUCUGUAGCUGCUGUUCUGUUAUGCCAAUCAUAGAUAAGGUUCGGCUCUUGGCUUGUAAAAUAGUGCCUGAGCGGUGGUUCCCUUAAAUUUGUAAUUCAGGAAUGUCUUCCUAGGCAUGGAUGGAUAGUGAUGACCACGGUACAAUGUGAUAAUAUUCUUCUAAUAUAAGCUGAUGCUUGAAAGUUGAAAGCAUUUAACCGUAGUUAA